CCAGGGUCCCGUCUCCCGGCCCCGGCCCCCGCCAGAGCCGACCGGGGAGCGAGCCGGCGGAGAAGCCAGCCGAGGGAGGCCGGAGAUGGCGGAGCUGCCGGUCUCCGAGAUGCCGGGGGACCCGGCCCACUGCAGCGGGCGCUUCACCAUCAGCACCCUGCUGGGCAGCGAGGACUGCGCCAAAGGGCACUCCGCCCACCAGGCCGAGCCGCCCUCCGCCGUCUCCGACGCCUGCCACCCCAGCCACCUCACCCACAGCAACACCUUCUACAUGAGGACCUUCGGCUACAACACCAUCGACGUCGUGCCCGCCUACGAGCACUACGCCAACAGCCAGCUCCCCGGGGAGGUCAAGAAGGGCAGACCCACCCUGGCCGACCUCCAUUCUUUCCUGAAGCAGGAAGGCAGCCACCUGCACUCUCUGGUGUUUGAGGGCCGCCCCAGUCCCGAUCUGGCCGACGGGCUGGUGGAGGAGGAGGAGGACGGCGGCGGAGGCGGCGAGGCCGGGGAGAAGCCGCCAGCGGAGCCUGUGCGCUUUGGAUGGGUGAAGGGGGUGAUGGUACGCUGCAUGCUCAACAUCUGGGGCGUGAUCCUCUACCUGCGCCUUCCCUGGAUCACCGCCCAGGCCGGCAUUGCCCUGACGUGGGUGAUCGUGCUGCUGUCGGUGACAGUGACCACCAUCACGGGACUGUCCAUCUCGGCCAUCUCCACCAACGGCAAAGUCAAGUCAGGUGGCACCUACUUCCUCAUCUCAAGGAGCCUGGGGCCGGAGCUGGGCGGCUCCAUCGGGCUCAUCUUCGCCUUUGCCAACGCGGUGGCCGUGGCCAUGCACACGGUGGGCUUCGCCGAGACGGUGCGGGACCUGCUGCAGGAAUACGGUUCGCCCAUCGUGGACCCGACUAAUGACAUCCGCAUCAUCGGGGUGGUCACGGUCACGGUGCUGCUGGCCAUCUCCCUAGCCGGCAUGGAGUGGGAGUCCAAGGCCCAGGUGCUGUUCUUCCUGGUCAUCAUGGUUUCCUUCGCCAACUACUUUGUGGGGACGCUGAUUCCGCCCUCGGAGGAGAAGGCCGCCAAGGGUUUCUUCAGCUACCGAGCGGAUAUCUUUGCCCAGAACUUUGUGCCCAACUGGCGAGGCGCUGAGGGCAGUUUCUUUGGGAUGUUCUCCAUCUUCUUCCCGUCGGCCACGGGCAUCUUGGCCGGUGCCAACAUCUCGGGUGAUCUGAAGGAUCCUGCCGUGGCCAUUCCCAAGGGCACGCUGAUGGCCAUAUUCUGGACCACCGUCUCCUACCUGGCCAUCUCCGCCACCAUCGGCUCCUGCGUGGUCCGAGAUGCCUCCGGGGGGCUGAAUGACACCGUGCCCCCGGGGUCCCCUGACUGCGAGGGGCUGGCCUGUGGCUAUGGCUGGAACUUCACCCAGUGCAUGCAGGGGCAGAACUGCCACUACGGGCUCAGCAAUUAUUACCAGACCAUGAGCAUGGUGUCUGGCUUCGCCCCCCUCAUCACGGCAGGCAUCUUCGGAGCCACCCUCUCUUCCGCCCUGGCCUGCUUGGUUUCAGCCGCCAAGGUCUUCCAGUGCCUGUGCGAGGACCAGCUCUACCCGCUGAUCGGCUUCUUCGGGAAGGGCUACGGCAAGAACAACGAGCCCAUCCGGGGCUACCUGCUGGCCUACGCCAUUGCCGUCGGCUUCAUCCUGAUUGCUGAACUGAAUACCAUCGCGCCCAUCAUCUCCAACUUCUUCCUGUGCUCCUACGCACUCAUCAACUUCAGCUGCUUCCACGCCUCCAUCACCAAUUCUCCCGGGUGGAGACCGUCGUUCAGAUACUACAGCAAGUGGGCGGCUCUGUUUGGGGCGGUCAUCUCUGUGGUCAUCAUGUUCCUCCUCACCUGGUGGGCAGCUCUCAUCGCCAUCGCCAUCGUCAUCUUUCUGCUGGGCUACGUUCUCUACAAGAAGCCAGAAGUGAACUGGGGCUCCUCGGUGCAGGCAGGGUCUUACAAUAUGGCCCUCAACUAUUCCGUGGGACUCAACGAAGUGGAGGAGCACAUUAAGAACUACAGACCCCAGUGCCUGGUCCUGACUGGGCCACCCAACUUCCGGCCGGCCCUGGUGGACUUUGUGGGAACGUUCACCAGGAAUCUAAGUCUGAUGAUCUGCGGGAAUGUGCUCAUCGGGCCCCGGAAACAGAAGAUGCCGGAACUCCGACUGUCCUCCAAUGGGCACACAAAGUGGUUGAAUAAGAGGAGGAUCAAGUCCUUCUACACAGAUGUGAUAGCUGAGGAUUUUCGGAGUGGAGUCCAGAUUCUAAUGCAGGCCUCAGGUCUUGGGAGGAUGAAGCCAAAUAUCCUGGUGAUUGGCUACAAAAGGAACUGGCAGUCUGCCCACCCAGGGGCCCUGGAGGAUUACAUCGGGAUCCUGCAUGAUGCUUUCGAUUUCAAGUACGGGGUCUGCGUAAUGAGGAUGAGAGACGGGCUCAACGUGUCCAAGGUGAUGCAGGCCCAUAUUAACCCUGUGUUCGAUCCAGAGCACGGGAAAGAGGCCAGAACGAACGGGGUCCUGCCGGCCGUCAGUAACACAAGUCAGUUUCCCGCUGAGGUCCAGCUUCACCGAGACCUCCCUUUGGUGGGGAGACACAUGGACUCAGGUGCCAUGGAUGCUGAACAGCAGGCAAGCACCAUCUUCCAGUCUGAACAAGGCAAGAAGACUAUUGAUAUCUACUGGCUCUUUGAUGACGGAGGCCUCACCCUCCUGAUUCCAUACCUCCUCGGUCGCAAGAAGAGGUGGAGCAAGUGCAAGAUCCGAGUGUUUGUCGGAGGGCAGAUCAACAGGAUGGAUGAGGAGAGAAAGGCGAUCAUCUCUCUGUUGAGCAAGUUCCGAUUAGGAUUCCACGAAGUCCACGUUCUGCCAGACAUCAACCAGAUGCCCCGCCCCGAACACACCAAAAGGUUUGAGGAUCUAAUCGCCCCCUUCAGACUGAACGACGGCUUCAAGGACGAGGCCACCGUCAACGAGAUGCGGCACGACUGCCCGUGGAAGAUUUCCGACGAGGAGAUUACCAAGCACAAAAUCAAGUCCCUUCGACAGGUGAGGCUGAAUGAGAUUUUGCUGGAUUACUCUCGUGAUGCGGCGCUCAUUGUCAUAACCUUGCCUGUGGGAAGGAAGGGGAAAUGCCCAAGUUCCCUGUACAUGGCCUGGCUGGAGACCUUGUCCCAAGAUCUGAGACCGCCUGUUAUCCUGACCAGAGGAAACCAAGAAAAUGUCCUGACUUUUUAUUGCCAGUAAAACCGCACCUUAUCCCAGUCUCCAGAUGGAGGCUUAACAAAACAUCCCUUCCUCGUGUUCCAUUGUUUGUGUUGAUGUUCAAGAGAAGCCACAAGCAAGCCGGUUU